AGAGGCAAAAAAGGGGUUUGUAGUAUUUGCAAAAAAGCGUGUGUGGUCGGCUUACCAAUAUCUAGUGCAGACUGGUCAGAGUUUUAAAUUUCCGUUCUUGAAAAGCGUUAAAACCGCACAUCAGCUACUGAUCAGGUAGCCAGCUGUUAACAUGUGUUAAGCGGAGUGAAAUAUGAGGAAUGGGAUGUGUUCAUACCAGCUUUUCUCAGCGGCAAUUGGCUGGAUGAGGCUGCGAACGGAACUAUUCAGUAUUGAUGGUGAUCAGUUGCUGCCAUGAAUGGGAUGGACAUACCACCCCCACCUCCGCUUUCAUCACCAGGGGCGCCAUCAGUCCCGAUCCCCCCAGCCGUCAAAUCCCCCAACAUGCCCAACAGCAAGAAGAGGAAGGCGCCUGCAUCAGAACCCGUCAGCUGCGAGACGUGUAAACUAUCGCUGAAUUCAGACCAGCAGUUGCAGCAACAUCUGCAGGGGAAGGCGCAUCUCAAACAACUGACGAAACUCAAAAAUGAAGCUACCCCUCCCACUCCUCCUAAACCACGCCAGCCGCCACAACAGCCAGGAACAAGUGUGCCGAACCAAGAUAACAGCGCGAAACUUGACCCCGUCUCACAGGCAAUAUACGACAACGCGAUGGGAAAACUACCGAAGAAACGUCGCGUGGACAUCCAUUGUGAUAUAUGCGAUAUCACGCUGACAUCAGAAGUACACGCCGACUCGCAUUUCAAAGGAAGUAAACAUCUGCGGAAAUUAAAGCUCCAGGAACAGAAAGCGUUAAUGACCCAAAAUGACGGCAAUGAAAAUGGCGGCGAUGGCGUCCAGGCAUCCGGCAUGGGAUUCCAUUGUAGCUUCUGUGACAUGUCACUGAACUCGCUCCAGCAGUUGGAAGCUCAUAGAACAGGCGAGCGACACAAGAAGAAUGUCGAGAAGAAGAAACUUGCGGCCGACAAGUUUGUCGCGGCAAUUCCGAAUAAAACUCCAGUGAUGCCACCUAAAAAAAUAGAGUGUAAAACUUGUGAUAUAUUUGUGAACUCGGUUCAACAGUUACAGCUGCAUCUGAACAGUAUGAAUCAUCAAGAGAUGCUGAAGUCAAAGGGUCUGCUACCAGGCAGCGCUCCAAGAGACAUUCAGCAGAAUGCCAUGAGUUGAACAAGAAGAAAAUUUAGAAAAUACAUUGAUUCAAAAUUGUGUUUUGACCGGUGAGAAGAGGCUGUUAGAGACUGAUGUUGACAUGUGUUUGUCAACUUUAAAAGACUUAACUCUGUGGGCCUGGUGGUGACAUCUAUUGCCGAUUUUUGGAAUUGAAAUUGUCACAACUGUUUCUGUAAAAAUGACUGUUCAAGAAUGCUCAUUGGAACUCAUCAAUGUUACCAUUCGUUUGAAAGUCACGAAUACCAAUGGUACAGGUAUGUCAGUGAUAUGGGAAAUGUUGGCAUUGCCUGGAAAUCCAUUCUUGUAGGUGAUUAAAAUCACCAAUAUUGUCCAAAGAGAUGUUGAUGUGGAGAAUUGAUACUGUAAACGGGGUAAUGUUCACAGCGCCAAAAGUUUGUGAAUUUGCUAAUCAAUUUCAAUUGCGGCAGAGUAAAUUUGCCCAAGGGUAGCCAAAGGGUUCCCGUUUCCAUCCCAGAUCAUGAAAAACAAACAGCUAAGAACAUUUUUACCUGGUUUACAGUAUAUUAGUGUGUUUCUUGUCAAGUUGUGUUAUGGCAUGGACGGUCUAGUGGGACGAAAAAACGUGUGUGUGUACAAAUGUAUGUAUUGACCUGGUUGUGUAUGUCGAGAUGAAUUCUUCAUAUGUGUUUUAUCUUCUAUUGAAGAGUUUGGUUCCAAAACGAGAUAAGUCCAAUGUGAGAAAAAGGGAAUUUUUAGAGCUACACUGGUUUUGGAACCAAACAAUCGUUUAGUGUCAGAAAAAAUCUGUUUUUUUUCUUCUGAUUCUGUACUUUACAUCAUUUUAUCUCUUACGUAGGUUUAUAUUUCAUGAAUUAUCAUAAAUGUAGCUUUUCGAGACGGAAUAAAGCGCUCCGCAAACCAGCGAUUGCUGUUGCCGCGACCUGUCGUAUUGUUGUCGUUGUAUACAAUCGCAGGUUACAACAACAGUCACUCGUGCGCCCUUUAGAUUUUAGGUCAAAGUUGUAAUUAUUUAAGUCUGUGUCGAGUUUUAAUCGAACAUUUUAAUCAAUUGUUUCACAUAAGGUUGAACUUUCUUUUUAGGGUUUGAAAAUUGUCCUUUUACCUUUUUCCUGAUUUUUACGCUUUAUUAUACAGGAGUAAAAAGAAUGUAGGUGGGGUAGGGCAAAGAGGGUAUUGUUGGGCCGGCACCGAUGUAGAAUGUGUUUCUUGGAUGCAUCAGAAAAUGUACUCAAACAUUCUAUGAAAUGUU